UCCCUCUCUCCCACCCACAACCAUCCAGCAAAGCAACCGAGAGAGCGGAAGACGCGGAGCUACCGCGUGAGAAGAGCGAGCGAGCGAGCAGCCAAGCCAGCUCAACGACCGCCGCGGCGACGAUGUGGAGCACCGACUCCGACCUCGACGAGUCCGCGUCGACGACGACGGCGGCCGCCUCCUCCUUGUCCUCCUCAUCAUGCUCCCUGCAGCCGCAGACGCCGCCUCCGCCUCGCUGCCGACGCAGCCGUAACCGCCGCCGCGCCCAGCGCCGGGUCAAGAACUGCCCGGAGGCGGAGGUAGAGGAGUCUGAGGCGGAGGCGGAGGAGGUGUGGUGCGGCGCGCAGUGGGAGGCGGCGUGGCCGCGCAGGGCGCGGCCGGUGGUGCUCGCCGGGGAGGACGCGGCCCCGGACCGCGCCGGAGCGGGCGCCGGGGAUUCCGGCGUGGGCCGUGCCAGGAGCCUGACGGACGACGACCUGGAGGAGCUCAAGGGGUGCGUGGAUCUGGGGUUCGGGUUCAGCUACAACGAGAUCCCCGAGCUGUGCGGCACGCUGCCCGCGCUCGAGCUCUGCUACUCCAUGAGCCAGCGGUUCUUGGACGAGCACCAGGCGCCGUCCAAGGUCGAAGAUUUGGCUCCGGAGCCGCCGGCGGUCGUGCCUCCUUCGCCGGUCCAGCCCAUCCCCAACUGGAAGAUUUCCUGCCCUGGGGACAGCCCAGACGAGGUGAAGGCGAGGCUCAAGUACUGGGCGCAGGCGGUGGCGUGCACCGUCAAGCUGUGCAGCUGAUCAACCGCACCGUCAAUCAACCAAUCCUGCGGACGCAGGAAGACGAAGCCAACUCAUACUCGCAAGGCGGCAACCCAAUUCAUCAGGCGACCUAUGUGCACGAGCGCACGCCAUCUGCCCGAAUCGCAUGGAAAUCACAUUACAUUGGAUCAAUUCAUCGCCAUCAACACGACAAGCAGAACGAAGGGUGCACGCAUCAUAUUGUAGACUUGGGAUCGCGCCUCGACGACGAUAGGAAGCGAUGAAGCGAGCGAGGAGGAUGUCACUGGGCAUUUCUAAUGCUGCACUCACACGUUAUGAUUUAUGAAUCGCUGAAUUUCCGUUCAGAAGAAGCGGUACUAUGAAUUCUUGAUCGGCAGCUGUAGCUAAUUCAUUCAUGUAAACAGACAACGUAUAAUGUAUUCUCAACCAAUUCAUUUUGGAAAUAAUAAUUGAUCUCGUGCUGA